AUGGCCCUAUCACCCGAAGAGGUCGCGCACCUCCACCGACAAGCGAGGCGUCGCGCCGAGCGAGCCGCAGCCGAGAUGUCCUUCCGCAGUGUCAGCUCCGACGACUAUCUCAAGAAACUACGGGCCAAGCGUCGGCCAGGGCGGCGGCACGAGGUGGGAGACAUUCCCGCCGCAGUCGAGAUUGGCGAAGAACCAUUGCCUCCAUCACAGCCCGAGUUCAGGCGCCCGACGGGUCCUGAACGGCAACGGACGCACACUCGCACACAGUCCGCCAGCGCGACAAUACCAGGCCCCCAGCAGCGCGCGGCGUCAACGCCCGUAAGCCGCAGAGCCACGCUUGUGGGCCCCAUAUCCAGAAAUACGCCCCUAAAACCCCAUGCGCCGUCUCAGAGAUAUUCGGGUCAGCAUGCGUCAAGCCAGCCGGACCUUCUCAUGCGGGCCGCACAACGGCAGUCGGUCUCAACUCCAGGCCCAGCCACGGGAUUGAAGGCGGCACGUUCGUCACCGAAACCACGGCCUCCACGCCCCCGGUCGAGCCUAAGCAUAUUCUAUCCCCGAAAGUCGGUCCGUCGAGUCGCGUCGGUCGGUGUCAUUUCUUCCAGGAAGGUCGACCCAGAAACUGGCCCCACGCUAAGGCAGCCCAGUCAUACUCGUAGCAAACCAGCCCAUGCUACGGCGACUUCGUCGGAACCCCCCGUGCGGCCCGGGACCACCCUUAUCAAGCGAGGCUCGCUGCGGAUGCUCAAAGAUAAAAUCAGGAGAGUUGCCAGCUCCUUCGAAUUACGAUCGACAAGAACCGAGAAUACGGGGCUCGGGAACGACGACGGGCUGAAGCACCGCUCCAGCAGGAGCCUCCUCCUGCGACCGUCACGCAAGCUGGGCUCCCAGCUGCGUCUGGGCACCGUCAGUGAAGAGUGA